AUGGUGACUUUACAAGAUGUUAUGUCUUCAUUAUCCCCAUUAAUUGCCCAAAUCCCUCAGUAUAUAGGUCAAGAACCUCCAGAUGAAUAUUAUAAUAAAGUAGUACAAGUAUUUGCAUAUAGAGGCACACUAGCAGUUGUUGGAUUUAAUGAUGCUGUAAAAGCAGAAAUUUUAAAAUCCAAAAUGUCUGGUAAGUAUACUCCUGUUCCAGCCCAACACCCUGCUGGUACAGCUAUUGAUACUCCAGCACGAUUCUUAGUUUGGUUGCGAUAUAAAUAUCAUGAAGAAACAAUAGGUUCUCACAAUGCCUCUUUAUUCAGAUUAGCUCAAGAAAAAUUUAAUUCUACUGAUACCCCCCAAACCUAUGAAGAUAGAAUUCGUCUUUUAUUGUUACAAAUACCAAAUAAUAACCAGGAUGCAUUGGCUAUAUUAUGGACAUAUUUGCCAGAUGAGCUUUUUACAAGAGUAAAAAUCACAAAUCCAGCAGAUAUAAAUGCAUUCUUUACAGCUGUUAAAGAUACCUGGCUUGAGCGAAAACCUUCUACCUUUACCUAUAAUGGGGUUAACACAUCAGUUCCUAUAAUUUUAUCUAAUACUAUAUCUACAAAAAACCAAUCUUAA